AUGAUACUUGUUCUCCAGAAGAAUGCUGUACCAUUGUUAGAAUAUUUGUACAUAACUGUUGAACAAGAGCGACUAGAAGAGACAAAACAUCUGAGAGCUCCGCGACCUGAAGUCAACCUUUCACUUGUGCAUUAUAAUGAAUUUCGCCAAAUUGUUAAUCGAAAACACUUACCUCGUUUGCAACAAUUCCACUUUUCUAUUCGUUUUCCUGGAUAUCUAUAUGAAGAUUUAAAAAUGAUUACUGUCGAUAAAUUUGAUGCUACAUGGCCCUUCAACAACCUCGAGUAUCAUCUUGAAGUUCAACUUGCUUAUUGGUAUCGUAAUUAUAAAGAAACAGGUCGAGUCAUUCUCUUCUAUACGCGUCCAUUGGAUAUAUUAUUACAAUAUACACGUGCUGCCCAUAAUCACUCAUUCGCACGACAUUCAACCCAGAUUAAGCGACCUUAUUUCAAAUGGAUGAGUAAUGACAUUGGAUGUCUAACUCAACUAACAACUACUUUCGAAGAGGAUGAUUUAUGUCUAUGCUCCCGAUCUAAUACAAGUGUAAAACAUUUACGUCUUCUACUGUCCAGAAAUGAUCGCGAUCCGAAUGCGUUCAUCAACAUUGAUCAUCUCUUUCAAUUACUACCAAGCAUACGCUGUUUCGAAACGACUGGACGCUACAUAACAUUUAAUGAAAAUCUCAUGAAUUUUAUUGUGAAAAUCGUCGAAACACUCGAGCUUGGAAAUUCGCAUGAAAAACUGACUUUGUUCGUGUAA